UUGGUCUUGAGCGAGUCAAAAUGCAGUACUGAGCGUGGGAUAGACUGGAGCGACCGGCUGAGAGGCGAAACAUUGUCGUCUCUUAUAUUCUGUGCAAUUUGCCGUCUUUGAAAUUCUAAAAGGCGAGCAAGAAGUGAGAUACCGGUGUAUUUUGCAGCCUGCACACUGACUUACUGGACUGACUUUUCCAAGAGGUUACACUCAGGAGAACAACGUGUUUAUGGAUUGCUGCGCAGCGAGGGACACCGGGAGUUGUAGGCUACGCGCUUAUGCAUCGAUCAUGUUGAUACCUCGCUGUAAACUUUGAUAGAUGUUUACAGAAAGAACUCAGUAAUAUAGAAAAAAAAACAACAUUUAAAUAAAUAAGAUCAGAUAAGCUCAGAUUGACCUCUGGAGGAAGUGGGAAGCGCCUCUUCGCCCUCCCUCGUCUGCCAAGACGCCAGGACGGAUCUGUAUCUCUCAGUCUGAUUCUCCUUCUGUGAUUUAAACAAAGACCAAAGUGUUUGGGGAUAGCAUGGCAAUGGUAGUAAACCAGUGGCCAGAGAACAUUUCGGCAGAUCCGGGGUCGCAGCUCCAGAUUUGCGGCCAGGAGCCCGGCGGGGCACCGGGGACUCCCAACGGUUCCACCCCGGGGAACGACGCACUUUCCGGGGACAAAAUCCCCAACGUGGACUGCAUGGUGUGCGGGGACAAGUCCAGUGGGAAGCAUUACGGCCAGUUCACCUGCGAGGGAUGCAAAAGCUUCUUUAAGCGCUCGGUGAGGCGGAACCUCUCGUACACCUGCCGGGGGAACCGAGACUGUCCCAUCGACCAGCACCACCGGAACCAGUGUCAGUACUGCCGGCUGAAGAAGUGCCUCAAAGUGGGCAUGAGGAGAGAAGCUGUACAACGAGGACGUACAUCGAACUCCCAGAGCAGCCCAGGACAGUACCUGACCAACGGCACCGACCCGUACAACAGCCAGCCCUACUUAUCCGGCUUCAUUUCUCUGUUGCUGCGUGCCGAGCCCUACCCCACAUCUCGCUACGGGGCCCAGUGCAUGCAGGGAAACAACCUGAUGGGCAUUGAGAACAUCUGCGAGCUGGCGGCCAGGCUGCUCUUCAGUGCUGUCGAGUGGGCGAAGAACAUCCCUUUCUUCCCUGACCUGCAGCUCAUGGACCAGGUGGCGCUGUUGCGCAUGUCAUGGAGCGAGCUCUUCGUCCUCAACGCCGCCCAGUGCUCCAUGCCGCUCCAUGUGGCCCCUCUGCUGGCAGCAGCAGGCUUGCACGCGUCGCCCAUGUCAGCAGAGCGCGUGGUGGCCUUCAUGGACCACAUCCGCGUCUUCCAGGAGCAGGUGGAGAAGCUGAAGGCCCUGCAGGUCGACACAGCCGAAUAUUCCUGCCUCAAGUCCAUCGUGCUCUUCACUUCCGAUGCUAUGGGGCUGUCAGAUGUUGCCCAUGUGGAGAGCAUCCAGGAGAAGUCCCAGUGCGCCCUGGAGGAGUACGUAAGGAACCAGUACCCCAGCCAGCCAAACCGCUUCGGACGUCUCCUCCUCCGCCUGCCCUCCCUGCGCAUCGUCUCCUCUCCGGUCAUCGAGCAGCUGUUUUUCGUUCGCCUGGUGGGCAAGACACCCAUCGAGACGCUGCUCCGCGACAUGCUGCUGUCGGGCUCCAGCUACAACUGGCCCUACAUGCCCGCCGUGCAGCGCGAGCGGCCCAUCUCCCUCCACUACAACGAGAACGGGCCCUGAGGUGGACGGGAAAGACGAAGGAGAAGCUGCGAGACAAAUUCAGGCCGAACGUCCAUCUGACUACUCGUCCAUCCAUCCUUCCUUCCCUUCAUUCUCUGAGUUGAACUUGUCAGCUCUCCCAGAGGAAGCAGCUCCCUCGCCAUUCCGCUCAAAAACCCAUACUGACGAUAUCACCCGUUGCUGCCCCGGUUACCCAAACCAGCCAAUCAUUCACCGUGGCCGUCUCAGAGAGUUGGUGGCCCGUUGCAAUCCCUCAGCCGACGGUUCGGUCUACAUUUGAGAUGUGGCACGAGACGGACAAGUUGGUAGAACGGGUUAUUGCGCAGUUCACCAGCAGGUCUGUUGGACUCACUUCAGAUGUCAGUCUCAAACCCCAUGAAAACGGGGGCAGCAAAGGACAAAACAUUUGCUUUAUUGUUGGUGCUAUGCCUACACUUACAGAGGCUGUGUACAUGCAUCCCAGUAUGGCGAAUACUGAACAAGGGCUUUGCCAAUGGGACUCUACAACCAAGAGUACAAGGCCCGUUGUAUAUUUACCAAUUUUUGAAAAGAAAGCCAGAAGCCAUUAAAAAAAGACAAAUGCCAAAAUGUCUUGGACUUUUGCAGAGGACGUGUUUUAAUGUGUGUGUUUGUAUUAGCACUGUUUCUAUGGAGCGAAAACUCAUGAUUGUGUCCAUAUGUACAGUAUAUUGUUGAUUCAUAGGCAUCUAUAGCAUAUUAGGGUUCAAUGGGAAAAAGCUCAGGUUCAGCGGGUGGGUAGACAGACAGACAGACAGACAGACAGACAUGCCAAUAUCAGUUCAGAGCAAAAAGACAAACCCAGCAAAAUCUACACUUAUCAGCAGCCUGUGCCAAAGCUGAAAAAUGCAUAUUUGGAUAUUUUUGUGGUAGUGUUGGUGAUGAAAAUUUAAUGUUUGGUUUGUCUAUAAUUUGACUAUAUACUUGUUUUUGGGUCUCAGGGGGAGAAAAGAAGUUUUUUUUAAAAAAAAAAAGAAAAAAACAGAUGAAAGCUUAGGCACUUGCAUUGUAAACUAGUCAGAACCUACACUUAUUCACUCCUGUAAAAUCACAGCACUGGCAGAUUCUUGCUACCCUUAUGCCAUUUGAUCAAUCCACCUUUUUUACUUAUUCAAAAUACACAUUAAAGAUCCUUACAUGUUGUUAUCAGAGGAGUGACACAACUCAUCCUCGUCGUUGUUUUA